CGCAGUAGAUCAGCAGCAGCCAAAGGCAACAUGGCGGCGGCGGCGCUGAGCUCAACUGCUGCUUCCCCAGAGCGAAGGUCAGAGCAGGAGCCUAAACUCGGCAUCUAACCGCGGACAGAGCCCUGCGAGCCCCCGAACUACACUGAAGCUGACUAUGUGCGAAGGUUCCCGCUGGUUGUCCCGCUGCAGGAAUGGCCUGAGGCUGUGUCUCCACUGAAGCAGAGUUGCUGAUAUGUAUUGAAAAUGAGUGGUGUAGGGGACAACACGUCAGACCCUGUCAGGGUAGAGUCUCAGAAACGUAAGGAAUGCUCCUCAGAUCUGCUGGGCCCCAGCCCCAAGCGGAGCACGGAGAAGCGAAACCGGGAGCAUGAGAAUAAAUAUAUUGAAGAGCUCGCCGAGCUGAUCUUCGCCAACUUCAAUGACAUUGAUAACUUCAAUGUCAAACCUGAUAAAUGUGCAAUCCUGAAAGAAACUGUGAAACAGAUUCGACAGAUUAAGGAGCAAGAAAAAGCAGCAGCAGCCAAUGAGGAGGAGGUUCAGAAGGCUGAUGUUUCAUCGACAGGCCAAAGUGUUAUUGACAAAGAUGCCCUCGGACCAAUGAUGCUGGAGGCCCUGGACGGGUUCUUCUUUGUGGUGAAUAUGGAGGGUAAUAUAGUGUUUGUGUCUGAGAACGUGUCUCAGUACCUGCGCUAUAAUCAGGAGGAGCUGAUGAACACCAGUGUUUACAGUAUCCUGCACGUAGGAGACCAUGCAGAGUUCAUCAAAAACCUGCUCCCCAAAUCACUGGUAAAUGGCGUGCCGUGGUCCAGUGAGAAUCCUCGGAGGAACAGCCACACCUUUAACUGCCGCAUGCUGGUGAACCCACACAGCGAGCCGGAGGAGGAGGCGCAGGAGCAGGAGGCGCAGCAGAAAUACGAAACCAUGCAGUGUUUUGCCGUUUCUGAGCCAAAGUCUAUCAGAGAGGAGGGAGAGGAUCUGCAGUCCUGUCUGAUCUGUGUCGCACGGAGAGUUCCCAUGAAAGAGCGGCCGAUGCUCCCCACACACGAGAGCUUCACCACACGGCAGGAUCUCCAAGGAAAAAUCACCUCUCUGGACACCAGUCUGCUGCGGGCGUCUAUGAAGCCGGGCUGGGAGGAUUUGGUGCGCAGGUGUAUUCAGCGUUUCCACCUACAGAACGAUGGAGACAUGAGCUAUGCCAAACGGCACCAGCAAGAAGUGCUGAGGCAUGGUCAGGCCUUUAGUCCAGUUUACCGCUUCUCUCUGUCCGACGGCACCAUAGUCUCUGCUCACACUCGUAGCAAACUGGUCCGAUCGCCAGCCACCAACGAGCCGCAGCUGUACAUGUCCCUGCACAUCCUUCAGAGGGAGCAGACUGUAUGUGGCAUGACGCCUGACAUGGCUACUGGCCAACCUAUGGGCAAACCCAUGAACCCGAUGGCCUCCAUGACCUCGCCUAACUCGGCCGGUUCCUCGCAGGGUCAAGACAGCACCAUCAGCAGCAACACCUCCACCUUUCCAUCUCCAGGAGCCCCUAAAGAUUCGACGGCGGUGGGUCCAGUUCAGGGUUACCGCUUCGGCUGCCCCGGCACCAUGGGUCAUGCUGCACCUAUGCAGGGGGCCACACCUCAGGGUAGCGGGUACUCCCUAAAAAUGAACAGCCCAUCUCAGGGUAGCCCUGGCAUGCUUUCUCCCAGGCAUCGUGCAAGCCCUGGCAUAGCUGGAUCUCCUCGAAUGCCUCCCCCUCAGUUCUCGCCUGCAAAUGCCCUCCAUUCACCGGUGCCCGUGUGCAACAGUAGUGGCAAUGUGGGCGGUGCCCACGGGUACACAAGCAGCUCUCUCAACGCCCUUCAGGCACUCAGUGAGUGCCACAACAUCAGCUUAGGCCCAGCUCUGGGAUCGCCAGAAAGAAAAUUGGCAUCGCCAGCUAACCCAGCAGGUGUCAACCCUCACCUCCUGCACAAGCUGGGGGGCUCAGAGUCGUAUGCAGAUCACUCUCAAGUAGAGCAUGACGGAAACGUUCAGGGAGAUGGCAGCGAAGAGCAAAGAGAUGAUAAAGGAAAUCCAGAUUCUGGGGAUUUGCAAAACAGGCUACCCGACAACAAAGGGCACACUAAGCUCCUUCAGCUUCUAACCACUAAAACAGAGCCCAUAGAGUCAACCUCACCACCUCUGUUAGGUGGAGAACUCGGAUGCAAAGAUCAGUCUGGAGGGCCUGGAGGUCAGACUGGAGCUUCAGGCAGCCAUGCCACAUCGCUGAAGGAGAAGCACAAGAUCCUUCACCGGCUCCUCCAGAACAGCACAUCUCCAGUGGACCUGGCCAAACUCACGGCAGAAGCCACAGGGAAGGAAAUGUGCCAGGAUGGCUCGGGAGGGGGUGCUAAUGUGCCUGAUCUAGUCCCCAAACAGGAGCCCGUCAGCCCAAAGAAGAAGGACAAUGCUCUCCUGCGCUACCUGCUGGACAAAGACGAUAACAUGAUGAAGGAUAAAGGUGUGAAAAUGGAACCAGGAGAGAUCAAGACGGAAGGUGUUAAAAUGGGCGGGGUGAAGGUGGAAAAACCAGACACUGGAUAUGAGCGAACAGAGCAGUCGAGUGAGCUGGAUGACAUCCUGGAUGACCUGCACAACGCUCAGCCAGGCUUAUUCUCCGAGAGCCGGCCCGUUUCUCUGCCUGCUGCAGUGGACAAGCAGUCCAUCAUCAAUGACAUCCUGCAGAUCACUGGGGAGGGCGGAGCCACGCAGCAGCAGAGAGUAAUGCAUGUCAUGGCACAGCAAAACUUUAGUGGUCCAAGGCAUCCUGGCCGGACUCCUGGGCAAAGUAUUUCUCUGGAGAUGAACAUGGCCGCUAAAGCUUCUCCAGGUCAGUACCCUCUAAUGAGGAACACCAGCCCAUACUCCCUGAUGCAGCAACAGCAGCAGCAAGGCAUGCUGGGAAACAAAGGGGUCAUGCACAACCAGCCCAAUAUGCCAGUGAUGAGUGGUGCUGGUGGACGUGCAGGUCUCCAGCAGGAUGUGUGGGUGUCUCAGGGGUCCGGAGUAGUCAGCAGUUCACCAUCCUCCGCAGUUCCCCCCACUCAGCCUCUCCAGCAGGGGGCACUGCAGGCCCGCAUGGCUCAGAAUGCCAACCCCAACAUGGGAAUGAGAGCCAGUGGACAGCCAGGACCCCGAGCCAUGCUGCAGGGUCAGAUGAUGUCCAAUGCCCAGUCCAACAUGGACAUGGACAUGAGCCUGACAGGCCCCCCGUUUCCCCAGCAACAGCAGCAGGCUCCGCCCAAUCAGACGGCUCCAUGGCCGGACAGCAUGAUGCCCAUAGAGUCGCUGCCACUGCCCUUUGGGAACCCGAGCAGACCUGUUUACAGUGCCCCUCAGGAGGACGUUCUCUGUCCACCUGAAGGUCCGGCUGAUGAGGGGACGCUGCUUAAUCAGCUCUACACUGCGCUGAAGGACUUCGAUGGUCUGGAAGAGAUUGACCGUGCACUGGGCAUUCCUGCAUUGGUUGGACAGGGUGGUCCUGUAGAAUCUGAUCAGUUCUCUGGUCAGGAUCCCAGCAUGAUGAUGGAUCAGAAGCCCCCCAUGUUCACCCAGCAGCAGUAUGGCCCCCCACAGCCCCACAUGGGUCAGGGUGGUUACCCCCCUCUGCAGGACCCCAGUGGCUACCACAACAUGGCAGGCCCAAUGGGACAGCGGCCCGGAUUCCCCAUGAUCCGAAUGCCGUCCCGACCGGGAUUACGACCCACAGCGGUCAUCCCAAAUCAACCGAAUGCACUCAGGCUGCAGCUGCAGCAUCGGCUACAGGCACAACAGAAUCGUCAGCCCAUGAUGAAUCAGAUGAGUGGAGUGUCAAACAUGAACCUACCUCUAAGACCUAAUGUUCCGAAUCAGGGGACCAUAAACGCUCAGAUGUUGGCACAGAGGCAGCGGGAGUUGCUCAGUAAUCACCUGCGGCAGCGGCAGCUGGACCAGCAGCGUCUGCAGCACCAUCAGCAGCAGCAACAGCAGCGCAGCAUGGCCAUGCGAACCCCAGGCCUCAACAUGCCCCCCAACCUGCCUGCCGGCACUGGAGGUCUGCCCGGGGCCAUGAGUAACCCACGGAUCCCACAAACCAGUGGCCAGCAGUUCCCCUACACACCCAACUACGGUACCGGCCUGGCCUCUCCUCCGCCCUCCACCAGUCCCUUCUCCCCUGCGUCCCCCAACCUGCCCGCCCCCCAGCUCCUGCCCCAUGCCCCCCUGCAUGGCUCCCAGAUGACUCUCGCUAACCAGGGCAUUCUGGGCAGCGUGGGUGGACAGUUCGGGCCCGUUAUGAGCCCCCAAAUGCAGCACAGUGCCUUUCAGUUUCCCAGCCCAGGAAUGAGUCAGCAGCCUGAUGGAGGUUUUGGAGGUGCGACGACCCCCCAGAGCCCCCUCAUGUCCCCAAGAAUGGGCCACGCCCAGAGCCCAAUGAUGCAACAAGCUCCAGGCAACGCCACCUUUCAGUCCUCUCCAGAUAUGAAUGGCUGGACGCAGGGCAACGUCAACGCCAACAGCAUGUUCCCACAGCAGUCUCCUCCACAGUUCGGUCAGCAGUCUAACGGCGGAGUUUAUAACGGCAGUGGGAUGAACCUAAACGUCUCCAUGGCCCCCAACUCCAGCAGCAUGAACAACAUGGCACCCAACUCCAGCAGCAUGAACAGUAUGGGUCAGAUGGGCGGACAGAUGACCUCAGGGCCCGCAGGCGGCAUGGCCAACAUGGGGCCGGAACAGAAGUACUGUUGACCCGUGAGUGGAUGUAGUUUCGGCCUCCAGUGUCCAGUGAAAGUGUGAAAUGAGUGAUUUGAAGGGGCCUGAACCCGCCCGGCCCUCUCACGUGUUCCUGCCUGGGCCUCUCCGGCUCCGGAGACGCUCUGCUGUCUUCUGCUGGAAAACUGACCCAGGACAUGGGACACAGGUCACAGGAGCAGCAAGAGGGGGUUAACCUCUACAGGGGAUUUUACACACACACACAUACAUACAUACAUACAUACUUUCACACACACAACACAUGGAUCUACAGGACCUUGAGCACCUCGUUAACAACCUGGAGCCCCGUUUCUCUCUUUUUCCUCAAAUACACACCUGUGUAUACGCGCAACUACAGGACCUUGAGCGCCUCUCCUAAUGCCAUGGAGCCUCACCUCUUGCUCUCUCUCUCUUUCUCUCGGAUACACACACACAAGCGCUCUGAAGCUCCUCUCUGUCAGUCUAUAUCGCAUUCACCGUAGUGUGACUUAGAUCUCCCCUCCCAAACAAACUUCAAUGGUGGCAUCGGGAUCUGCUCCCAUGAAUGUAUUCCUCUCUCUGUCUCUCUCUCUCUCUCUUUUUCUCUCUUUUUCUGGACGUAAGGCCACACAGAUUCUUCUCUUUAUUUCUCCUGCUUAUCGGACGCUCCUCGUCUCUGUUCUCUUUCUGAAGAUCCUGAAACAAGCGAAGGAAGACUGCAAGUGGCUCGGCCUUCAGCCGCUCUGCUCUUUUCCUCUCGUUUUACUUGCAAACCCCUGUGGGAUGUUGCCGGCGUGCGGGCGGCGUGACGGUUUGUAAAAUUUAGGCUUAAUUUAGGUAAGAGGUUUAUUGUGUGCGAUAUAAAAUUUUAUUAUGUAUAGAUUUUUUUUGUUUUUUAAUGAUGUAGAUGUCUGUUGGAGUAGAUGAAAGAAAUCACAGGUGACAGAGGUGCAGAGUGACUCUGCUGCCCAAUCACUUUCUAUUGGAAAGAAAUAUUUUUUUUUUUUUGGCAGAGAGGGGGGUGGGUUGGUCCAGUAGUUUCAGAUUUAAAGUGGAUUUUUUUUUCUUUUGUGCUUUAGCUGAUAGAUUGUAAAUACAAAUAACACAAAAAAGAAGUAAAAAAAAUAUUUAUUUUUGAUUUCAGCUUCUUUUCCCCUCCAGGCCGGUCUUAACUGCUUCUCAAAUGCGAGUGGUGUUUCACAUGUGUGGAUGAUGAUGAUUAUUAUAAAUUUUUUUUUUUGGACACAUUUUAAAAAGAGAUUUUUCUUUAUGGUACUAAAGCGAGGAUUUUUGCUGUUUGCAGUGCGCUGUGUGCGUACAGCUACACGCUUAUCAGCCUUUAAACCCAAACCUGACAGGGGGAAGCAGACAGCCAUAAACCCCACCCUGAAGUGUGCUUUCUCCGCCGCGUGGGGCGACACAUUCUGAAGCCAGCGGCUUCAGGACAGCCAGAAUCGAACGCGGUGUUCAAAAAAAAAAAAAAAAAAAAGCAAUAACUUUUACUUGAUGAAAAAUAUAGCUUUUAUUUUGUUUUGUUUGUUUUGUAAUUUUGUACAGAGCUCUUUUCCGGAUGCAGAUUUUUUCCCUCCAGAUUUCGGACCCAGUAUUACAGAGUUUUUUAUUGUGGAUUAUAUUUAGUGAAAAAAGAAACCAUAAAUGAUGUCCGAAUUGAUACGUUCCUCAGCGAUGGGCGGGGUUUUGAAGGUUUGGCCGACUGGGUGGAGCUGCUCUUCUGGAAGGCUGUUCCAGCCUUUACUACUUUUAUUCACACACACCCAUACACACACACACUCAGUUUUCCAAUUUUUAAAAACUGAUUACAGUUCUAUUUCUCUUUGGGCCAAAUUUCUUUCCACAAUCACUGAACUAAUCAUGUAUUGAUUGAUUGAAAGACUGACUCCAUGGGAGGGUCUCUCAGUCCUCUUUUAAUUGAAACCAGGCUGUUGGAUUAUUCCCACAACUAGGGGGCAGCACCAAGCUUUCAGUAACAAUAUCUCUGUUCCAGUAACACUUUUUUGAAAGCUGCCUACAAACACUCUUCAUAAUGAAUGCAUUGGUACUUCAGUACAUGAGUAUUUAUAAACAGCUCAUCUCAGCAUACACAAAGCAAAAUAAGCUGUGUUCUGAAAAGAUUUCAAUAUUCAUCAUGUAUUUCUUAUAAUACUUCAUAACAAUUAUUGUUUUUCACGUGAAUGUUAUUUACCUAUUGGACAUAGAAGACGUAUAUCACAGCAUCUUACAGUAUCAGCCUUUUAAAAACUGGUGGCUGUUAAUGAAUCAAAAUAAAUUCAUGCUCUUAAAGUGGACAUUUCUAAUGCUGGUCCUCAACUGAAUUAUGAGCAGAUCAUAUUAACAUUGUUAAAAGUGAAGAGAGCGUUUCCCUGUCUUGUGAACACUGGUGUAAGCUGUUCAUAAACACUCAUUAGCUGUGUUUCAAAUGUUAUUCAGUGCUUAUGCAUGUGUCAUGAAGUCCCCAUGUAGCUUGCCUUCAUUAAUAGAGUGCUUUCUGAAGCACAUUUAUUCUUGGUAAACUGGAUUUGUGCACUCUCAGCUCUGAUCUGCUGAAGCUUUAGCUUUCACUGUUGAACUGUAAAUAGAAAUCUGAGAAACUGCAAUCGCUUUUGCUGAAUUGUUGGUUUAAUCCAGUAUGAUUUCACCACGUAUAUAAAUUUGGGUUAAAGUGGCUCAUUAUUAUUCACUGUCUGUGGACCUGCUGCCGUUUGCAGGGACCCCUUUAGUGUGUUUACUGAAUAAAUUUACAAAUUUGAUAAUUUAUUUUAAAUGUUUGUUUUGUUUUUUUUGUUAGUUUUUUUGGUCUCCACCCUCCUGCAGCAGCACCCAGUCAAACAGCUGGUUUAAAUAUGUGUGUGUGUGUGUGUGAGUGAGUGUGCACUUGUAAGUGUGAAUGUGUGUGAGUGUGUAUCUACCCUCGGCAAAAAACCCAAAGAUUGUCAAAGUUUUUAAAUAAAUAAGCCAUGAUGUGAAGGUGGUGUGGGUUUUUUUGUUUUUCUUUUUUUAUUUGAGGUGUUUUUAUCAGGAAAAGGUGCAAAACGACUGUUUGCCCUAAAAAUGAAUCUUAUUACAGCGGCUCUGAUCCAAUUUACAGACAGAACGGUUUGUGUUUACCUUAAAAAUUAGACUUUGGGGUUUGUUGUGCUGUUUUUUUUUUUUCUUUUUUCAUUUUCUGAGAAUAAUGUCUUUUUGUAGUCGCCAAUUUCGUAGAGCUAAAGAUGCAAGAACCUGAAAUGCUGAAUCCUAGCGUACUGCCUUAGAUCUGUUCUAAUGUUCUAUUGUCCUGUAUAUGAGCUACAGAACGUCUGUAUUAUAUUUGUAAAGUGAAUCACAGAAAUGAACGAGUUUCAUCACCGCUCUGCGCACUCUUUCAUUUUCUCUCUUUCUCUCGCUCUCCCUUUUCUUCUCUCGCUCGCUCUCUUUCUCUCUAAUUUGUACAGAUUUUACUCAGUUAUUGUAUGAAAUGAUGAGAAGAUAAAUGAUGAUGAUGAUAAACUGAAGCAAUAUUGUAAUUUAUAUGGACUUUCUGGAGGAAGCUUACAGUGUUGCGCGCUAUGAGAUGUAUUAUUAUUAAUAUUAAUAUUAUUAUUAUUUUUCCAGUUGUGUUCACAUUAAAUAUCAUCUGUUCACCUGCA